UAAAAAUUUGUUGGAUUUAAUUUCCCGGUCGCGUGUGAGUGCGAGAAGUAGCUCCGUAUAACGAUACAGUAUGUAUAGCGGAGAUAUACCGACUCUCCUCGUCUACAAUCCCACAAUAUAGCGGGUUACGUCUCCUGCUCGUCAGAGACCUCAGUCGGGGGCACAUCGAGGACAAGGCGAUUGUUCCGAGAGGGCUGACUGUAAGUAGUGGCUGUGAACGGCGGCUCGAGAGAAGCUCUAUCUGCCGGCUCGCGAGCUCGUAGCGCGACUCUGCACGGUUGUAUCUCACUGGAAAAGCAGAAGAGUGAAAUCAUUCAAGUGAAUGUCCCUAAGCGAUUGCGCUGUGGGGUUAGCACUGUGGAUUACCAGUCGUCCGGCGCUAUGAUUGUGUGUCGACGAUACCAGUGGCUUUAGGAUAACGUAGUUCCACGGCAUACGGAUACAUAGGGAUCUGCUUACCUAUGAUUGCCAGCUAGCAUCUUUGGAGACUUAUAGAGCCACGAGCUCUCCUACAGGUGAUUGAGAGAUCAAAGGAGCCGAUUUCAAGAUGGAUAAAUCAAGGCUAAUCGACUGCGUCCUGCUACUUAUCUGUGUCUUCUCUCCUCUCUCCACGGCCGUUCAGCCUUCCUACCUGUCUGGUCAGAAGUCACGGGAUGUCAAUAAGAUCGCCGGACAGUGGGGGGAAUGGGGCGUGUGGUCGUCAUGCUCAGUCAAGUGUGGAACAGGCAUCUCCUCCCGGACACGGCGUUGUGAACAUCCGCUUACCCUCCCCGUCGCAUCACUGAUCAUCCGGGCUGAUGACAGUGUUGUGUGUGAAGGAGGCGGGAGGGAGAUCCGCGUCUGCAACAAGCAUAAAUGUCCACCCAACGUUGAAAAUGUUCGUCAGAAGCAGUGCCGUAAAUUCAAUGCAAGAGUGUUCAAUGGGAAGAAAUAUGAAUGGGAGCCGUACAUUAACCCUAAUAACAAGUGUGAGCUGACAUGUCGGGCUAAAGGUCAACAUUUCUACGCCCGUCUAGCCAAUCGGGUUGGAGAUGGCACUCCAUGUGAUCUGAAGACAUUUUCUGUCUGCAUUCGGCGCCAGUGCAUCAAAGUUGGCUGUGAUGACAAAGUGGGUUCUAAUGCGACGCUGGACAAGUGCGGCGUCUGUCACGGGGACAACAGCACCUGUAGAACCAUCUCUGGUGUGUUCACCCGGCCCGACCUCCCUCACGGCUACACCAGGAUCAUCAGCAUCCCAGUCGGCAGCACCGGCGUCAACAUCACAGAGCUCCGCCCCAGUACUAAUUACCUCAGUUUAAAAACUUCUUCAAAAUCAGUUGUAAACGGUAAUUGGACAAUGUCAGCAUCAGGGAACUAUGACGCUGCCGGAACUACUUUCAUAUACAAGAAGCAGUCACGUGACUGUCCCGGAGAAUGCAUCUUCGCUGCUGGGCCAAUAAACCAGACUGUAGAAGUCAUGAUGCUGGUGUACCAGACGAACCCAGGAGUCACGUACAGCUUCAAUGUACCUGUUGACGUGACGGACGCAUACUUCAAACAUCUCAUUUCUCGUAGUGAUGAAAGUCAUGUUCUCACCACAGAAGCACCAACCACUGCCAUUCCUACACGUCGUUCUACUGCAGCCCAGCCAGAGUUGGCGAAUCUUGAACUGGAAGGACCAACUGAUGUACACUUGAACAUUGGCAAGGAUAAGGAUGAAGAGGAGGAAGAGGAGGCAUCAGAACCGUUCAGGGAAGAUUUUGUGGAGAGACCUGAUAGACAUCCUAAUGAGGACCUGGAAGAAGGUGUCAUGGCGGGACCUGACAUAAAGGAGGAUAAUAUUAGAGGGUCGUUUGGUCGAAAGGAAUAUACUUUCCAUGAAGGAAAUGGUGCUACAGUUCUUCUGAAAGCUAAUGUCGACUCGUGGUCUGAACGUGCCAAUGUUCAUGAGGCACAGAGUCAAAAAGGUCCCACGUUUGUGUUGUCGGAGCUCGGGUCUAAAGGAGAGGACGACGGCGAUACCAGCCUGGAGGUUGUUGACGGGGCAGCUGUGUUGAAGCAGCAGGGCGAAGACCAGGUGGAGAAGACUGAUGUAAGGGAUGAAGGUGGUGACCAGGAAGGUGAUGAGGGUGAAGAUAUCAGUGAUGGACAGCACGAAAGACAAGAGAAUGACGGGAAUGACGACGUCAGUAGAAAGCCGAGCUUUUUGGGUGAAGAGAUGAAGGUCAGAGAGGCAGGUGACAGUGGGAAUGUGGAGAUAGAGGGUGAGGAGGACCAGGAGAUUAAUGAUUUGGAUGAUGAGGGUGACGAUGAUGAUGAUGAUGAUGAUGAUGACGAUGAUGAUGAUGAUGAAGAAGAAGAGGCCGAUGAAGAAAAAGAAGAGACCUAUGACAAAAGCAGAGGUGAUGAAGUUCUUGGGUUGGGAGAUGGAUUCCGAGAAAGAAAACCAGUGUACAAUAGCCAUGGGUACAGGUUACCAAAUGCAAUGAACACUGACAAGGCAGAGACAGAAACAAGAAAAAUAGACUCAAGUCUUGGAGGCUAUUCGUCGAACACACCGACAACACGUGUACAUUUUACUACAACAGCAACUCCCUUAGCGACUGAACGAAGUACCUUGAAUGUACCACAAAGAGAUAGCAGGUUCCGCACCUACAGCAGAUCACUCGGCCGGUCAAGUGUUCAGCCAUCAAUCCGGCGGGCAGGUCGCCCUUUCGGUAGACCAGGGCGGCGAGGAAGUGUUAGAAUUCCAAAAUAUUCUCAGAGUUUUACAUUCCGAGAAAGAUUUAAGAUUCUCAGGGAAGCACAGAAAAAGCGAUUACUUCGACAAAGACAGAAACUAAUACAAAAAAGCGAAAUAUCUUCUAUUUCUCCAUCAGUGAACAGACACAUCUCUAGCAGUUCAUCACUGCCCAGCAUUCAAGGAAACGACACAUCCAGGAUACGUAGUCAGCAUGGCGGAAUCAGACAGACGUCACACAUACGUGGACAAUCUACGACUCCACGGAGUCACCAUGUGCGACAUCGACAUCAUCAUCGCCAGGCAGCAUCUGUCACAACACCUCCUCCACAGAGGAGACUUGGUAGUGUUGACAGAAAUACCCAAGGCCUCCGACUUCGAGAAACUGCCGAGCGUCGAGUUGACGAAGGGAACCAGAGAGCUGGUUCAAGCAUCACUUUGAAGGCCAACGUUAACGCUUCGCCUUCCGAACGAGAUCAACAAUCCGGGCGUAACUAUCGUCGAAACCAGGGGAAACUACCUGUCCAUGGACAAGACAAUCAGGGCCAUGGUUCUCAAACCAGCAGCCGACGACCUUCUCCCGGACAUCAGCCUUCACUGAAUGCACGCGUCGCCCAUUCAUCAGGUAGAACUAUCAACUCCAGAGAUCCUCCUCCAAGACCAAAUCAACACCAAACGCCUCGACGUCAGACAGUUGACCACAGGACAAUAGUCGACGAGACCCUCCCUCUAGGUCACUUUGACAGAGCUAUAGAUCCUCUAGGGUCGGACAGAAGGAUUGUUAUCCCACAGCAGCCAGUAGGAGUAUCCACUGGUCAGCAGGUGAUCCCCCAACAACCCGUCAUCAAUUCAAGGCCUCGAUAUGAAGGUCGCGGACCUGCUACUCAGGCAGGGGAACCACUCACCAAAUAUGCUAAUGGAUUGGACCCAAUCUCAGGCCUGCCACCGCUCAACCCCGGGGGUAACCAGGCCCUGACGGCAGGGAAGUCCUACACCAGAAACAUCAUCCCGAAUGAAAAGAGGUUGGGGAACCCGACCCGGAAUGGUGGACUGUCAAAUGAAAUCUUAGAAGCCACCAAUGUGUGGAGAGUGUCUGGCUUCACUGAUUGUACCACAUCUUGCGGUGGAGGUGUCCAGCAGACUGUUGUCGUGUGUGUGAACACCAGGAACCAGGCAGUUGUUACUGAUGAGAACUGUGCCAGACUACACAAACCAGCACCGACAGCAGUCACCUGUAACACCAGACCAUGUCCAGCAAGCUGGGAGGUGUCACCAUGGAGCACUUGCACCACCACUUGUGGCCCGGGGACCCAGACUCGAACCGCGACCUGCAAGUCGCGUGUGUCCGUCACCCUCAACCUUACUAUGCCCGACAGCUCCUGCAACGCCGAGAGGCCAGCAACUGCACAGACGUGCGAAAUCACCCCAUGCUACCUGUGGGUUACGGGCAACUGGAGUAAGUGUUCGAGUCGAUGUGGACAGGGCAGGAAGCAGAGAGUCAUCACCUGCACUGACGCAGCCGGAACUGUCGUGACCUCUCAACUCUGCACGGGGCUCAAACCAGCCAAUCAGGAAAUCUGUGACAUGGGAAGUUGCGGCAGGGGCUGGUACUCCACUGUGUGGCCGGAGGAGUGUCCAGUGUCGUGUGGGGAGGGGACUAUGAAGAGAAAGACGAUGUGUGCAGGCGAGGAGGGCGUGGCCCUGGACCCGGACCGCUGUGACCAGCUGGACAAGCCCCGGGUGGAGAAGACCUGCAAAGUAGCCACGCCGUGCGGGGGCAACUGGUUCGUAGGGGAGUGGUCCAAGUGUAACGGAACAUGUGGUUAUGCCGUUAGAUCACGUGACGUGGCGUGCGUGAAGAACCUGCCAGGGGGCGUUCUGGCGGUGGUCACGGAAGAUAACUGUAAGGGCAAGGAGAAACCCGAAACUGGGGAGGAAUGUCAGUUACCGGAAUGUCAUCCCGAGUGGUACAUGACGUCAUGGGCAGAGUGUUCCAAGUCCUGUGGAACUGGCUACAGGACACGGGAGGUCAAAUGUCUGGAUCCCAACCAGCAGCCCAGUGCAGAAUGCCCUCCAAGGGCGAAACCCAGAACACGAGAGCCCUGCAACACCCAGUCAUGUGUAGCAAGACCAAAACCUACCAGCAAGUCAGGAGGUUCCUGUACGGAUUCCUUCUCUCAGUGUCAGCUGGUUAAGAAGGCAAGACUUUGCAGGUAUGGAUAUUACGCCAAGAUGUGCUGUCUCUCCUGCUCCAACGAGACAUGAAAACCUACUGACUACAUCGUGCUGCCAUCAUAUACUGACAGUGCAAGGAUAGGGACGAUGGAGCGCGUGAUAGUGACACUUUAUAGUGCUAUAUUGACACAUUCGGUGCUCUGUACGACGGGCCAGGGAACCUGAAAUACGUGCUCCGUCAACACAGUAUGAAGACAUUAUGGACAUCGUGCUCUUGAACAUGCCUGGUCUUCAUAAAUACUUCUUUACUCAAAUAGAUUUCUAUAAAAUUCAUUCUCAGACAACGUUCUGGAAGUGAACGUUAUUUCCCACACAAGUGUUUAUCUGUGGUCUGGUGUCAGCUGCCCCAGCGUGUAGGGGACAUGUUUGGUAGUCCUCGCUAGAAGGAGGACAUGUUUGGUAGUCCUCGCUAGAAGGAGGGCAUGUUUGGUAGUCCUCGCUAGACGGAGGGCAUGUUUGGUAGUCCUCGCUAGAAGGACACCUGCUGUGUCAGCUGACCCGGCAUGUAGGGGACAUGUUUAGUAGUCCUCGGUAGAAGGAGGAUAUGUUUCGUAAUCCUCUUUAGAAGGACCUGUUGUGUCAGCUGACUCGGCGUGGAGGGGACAUGUUUGGUAUUCCUCGGUAGAAGGACCUCCGUUGUCGGCUAUGUGUUUUGAGAUCAAGUACCCAGUGAAAUGAGUGUAAUCAUUGCAUUUAUGUUUCUCGACCAAUAUUUUGUACAUACGAGCUAAUGUUAUUAAAUUUGCAUGGAUUUUCCCCGCUGACGACACAUGUUUCUAAGUGCCAUAAUAUAGCUAUGCACAGGCCACACUGUUUGGGUGAGAACUGAGUUAAUGCAUGAAGACGAAGUAAGGCCAAUCUUAAUCAGGGCAAAGUCUACUGAUGAUCAAAAGUUAGGUAAACAUUAAAGUAAAUCUAAAAUCAAAAUGAAAUGAUUAAGUUAUUAUAUGCUAAUAUAAAAUAAUAGGAUAAAUGAACUAAUAUGAAGGGUGAAAUUAUACAGAGAAAUUGUAAAGAGUGCACAAUGCAGUACACGUGUGAACUAUUAUCUGGAACAAAGCACUGAGCGGUAGAUUGUGCAGAUUGAUGAGGAUUUAUCUGCAUUUUGUAUAUGUGUAGAAAAUAUUCAAUGGGUGCUACCUUGCUACAUACACACAAUCAGGAGCUGUCAUACAUUAUGAAAACUAUUUUAUGAGAUAUAUGAAAGUAAAAGAGCUUUUGCCACAUUUCGUUUUGACACUAACUUUUUGUUUGUCACCAUUUGCAGAAGCUUUAUUACCAUUUUCAAAAAUGAAAUUUCACGUGUAUGGCUGAAUUUCCUGUCGACUUCAGUGUAUGAUUCAGGUUAAGUUGUACUCAAGGUUAACUUGUACUCGAUUUGUAGUUGUACUCAACCAUUAGUUGUACUCAUUCUUCAGUUGUACUCGGUGUUAGGUUUUAGGUACUACAACGGCACUAUGAAGUGCCGUCCCUGGAUAAUGUAUCCACAGGGUGGUCCACCCAUACGGGAUGUGGUGCCAGAAGGUAUUGGAACUUGAUGCAGUGCAUAUUCAUGAGGAUUUCCGCUUCCAGUCUGUGAUAACCUUAGAUUAUAUCAAUAGCUGUACUAUGUGUGUGCCUACUGUCACCAAGCAGGACGGAUGGUGACCGGCAGGUCCCGGAUCUUCAUGAACAUUCAUGUUUACAAUCAUAAAGGCUUUUAUAGCUCAUGUCUCUGACGGAAAUAAACCUUUCGUAGAUCAAUGAAAUAUAAAUGUGUUUGAUUGUGAUAUUCAGAGAUCCUGCCUAGUACAUAUGUCCAGAAAACAGCGUACAUUUGAUAAUAGUUAAGAUAUAAUACGAAGGUCAAUCCACACCAAGAUUGAUGUGCCCCCACAAAAGCGAAGGGGGCGUAUUCAUCGCGAAACAAGGGAUAUUUGUUAAAUUAAGACGUAUUGUAAAACCCACAUUUGUACAAUUGAAUGUUCUUGUUUAGACUCAACCCGACGGUUACAGAUUAUUUACACGUGCAUGUUCUUUCAUUAUGUCUUUCUACAUUCAGAUUAGUGAGAUGUGUACAUGUGUUGUAAAUACUAUUCUAACACAGCUAGUGUUGCCGACGCCAGAUGUAGAUCACUCGACCAGUGGGACAUGUCUACAGGCCAGAUUAUAUGAGACAUUAGUCUGUAAAAUUGUGUAACAUAGCCAAUAUGCAUAUUAGUAUAACUGCAAUCCUGCUUAUUUUGAGUCCAAAUAAAAUAUGUCGAUUUUUA